AUGGGAUCGGAUAAUCAAGAGAAAAAACUUCUCAAACAAAAUUUAUUAUUAAAGCCAAAGAGACAAACGACUCAACGUCUACUGAGAUUGCUCAUCUCAGCCAUAUUAACAUAUUAUUUCUAUACUUAUUCAUCUUUAUAUAGAAAGCAAUUUCAAUUGGAUGAAAGUAUCAUCUUGAAUGAUAACAAGAUCUCACAAUCGAUCAAAUUACCUACGACCUCUCAUCUUACAGAUCAAUUUGAGAAUUUAAUCGAUUUGAAAAAUUAUCGUAUACCGCUCAAUAAACAUGAAAUCAAUGAUUUACGUGAUCAAUUGACUUUCUUAUUCCCCUAUGAACCAGAAAAGCAAAUUCCCAAGAGAAUUUGGCAAACUUGGAAGGUUAAUCAAAAUGAUCCAAAUUUCCCUUCCAAAUUUACUCAUUUCGUAAAGAGCUGGUCAAAUGAGAUUCCUUUAGAAGACAAUAGUGAUGGAAAUCUACCUUCUGGAAAUGAUAAAUAUGAAUACACUUUAAUACCAGAUAACUAUUUGCACUCUCUCUUGUUGAAUCUCUAUGGAGAAACGCCAUUAAUUAUCAAGGCAUUCAAUGAAAUGCCUUUAAAUAUCUUAAAGGCAGAUUUUUUAAGAUAUCUAAUUUUAUUUGCCAGAGGUGGUAUUUAUUCAGAUAUGGACACUAUCCCUUUAAAAUCUUUUGAUACUUGGCCUUCAGUAAACAAAACUACUCUUUUGAAUUGGUUGAAUCCAAAGAAUUCCAAACUAGCCUCUCAAUUCCCUUUAAAAUACAAAAAUUUUAAUCCAUUAUCAUUAUCAAAUCCAAAUGAUUUAAUAGACCCAGGGUUUGUUAUUGGUAUUGAGGCAGAUCCAGAUAGGGAUGACUGGAGUGAUUGGUAUGCUCGUAGAAUUCAAUUCUGUCAAUGGACCAUUCAAUCGAAACCUGGCCAUCCAAUCUUACGUGAAUUGAUUUUGAAUAUUACAGCUACCACUCUAAAUUCAAUAGAUUCUACUUAUCAAUCAACAACAAACUUAAUUGAUCAAAAUUUUAAAAAUGAUUAUAAUAUUAAUUUUAGGCAUAAGAGACAAAAUGAUAAAAAUUAUAAUCAUUUGGCUAAAAAAAAUUCAAAAAAUAUUGAUGGUACUGAUAUUAUGAAUUGGACUGGUCCAGGAAUUUUUUCAGACUUGAUCUUGGAAUAUAUGAAUAACAUGUUAGUUUUAAACAAUAAUAUUAAAUUGUUCAAUACAAAUUUACAAGUAAAUCGAUCACCUGCACAACCUUCAAAUGCUCCAGAUUCACAACUGGAAUCUGAAGAUGAACCAAUUGAUUUGAUGUCUACUACCCAGAAAUUCUAUAAAAAAAUUACUGAAGAUUUACAAUUGAAGAAUAAAAUACCAUGGGAAUUCUUCUCUUUGAUGGAUAAACCAGUAAUGGUCGAUGACAUUAUGAUCCUACCAAUCACUAGUUUCUCACCAGAUGUGGGCCAAAUGGGAGCAAAGGCAAGUGAUGAUAAAACAGCUUUAGUAAAACAUAUGUUUAGUGGAUCUUGGAAAGCUGAUGCUGACAAAAACGCCGAAAAUGUUAAAAAGGGAGAAUAA